AUGUUGCAGCCGACUACGCAACCGGUUAUACCCGGAUCCCUUACGAUCGAGGCUUUCGAUCCGGCGAAUACCACGUGGAGGAGAUGGCUACAUGCAGGAAAGAAACUCCAGAGGAAAAAUACAGGUGAUAAACAGCCAGGGCAGGUGCGGAAAAGGCCAUUUGGCCAGUGCAUGUACUUUAAAUCGCAACGUGUGGUCUGCUUCCAGAAUACGUCCUCCACUAAUAAUUUAGAAGAAAUGCUCAGUUUGGAACAUGCGGAUUACCGCGACAAGUUCUUGGUGUCUUUAGAUGUUGAAGGCAAAUCAAUCAAAUUCGAGUUGGAUAGUGGAGCGGCGGUUACGGUAAUUAGUGAGUCCGAAGCGACCAAACUUUUCCCAACAGCGACCAUUUGCCAUACGGAGUUGCGACUAAUUUCGUUUUGCGGGCGCGCACUUAAGUGCAGAGGAUACAUUACAGUAAGCGUUAGGCAUAACUCCGAUGUAAAAAGAUUGAAUAUUUAUCUGGUCGGAGGGGUUAGGAAACCAUUGUUGGGACGCGAAUGGAUUAGACAAUUGAAUUGCUAUGACUUGCUGGUCUGCGAUGCAGAAUUUGCUGCAAUUAAAGACAUACAGAUACAUUUAAAAUUAAAGAAAGACGCGUCUCCGGUCUUCGUGCGAGCUCGUCCUGUUCUUUUUAAAUUACAAAUGUUAGUCGAAAAAGAGCUUGAUACAUUAGAAAAAGCAGGGGUAAUUGAGAAAGUCGAGUCGUCAAAAUGGGCUACACCGAUAGUAUCAAUUUUGAAAAAGGACGGAAGUAUACGUAUUUGCGGGGAUUACAAAGCUACACUUAAUCCACAUUUAAUAGUCUAUGAGUACCCCUUUCCUACGGUUGACGAGCUGUUUUUGAAACUUAGAAACGGAAAAAAAUUUUCAAAAAUUGACUUGAAACAACCAUAUUUACAAUUAGAAGUAGCACCGGAAGAUCGCGAGUUAUUAACCAUUAGUACAUUCAAAGGACUAUACAAAGUAGUACAGAUAAAGAAUCUUACACGACUUGAAGAAGUACUAAGUAGAUUACAUAAAUUCAAUAUUCGAAUAAAUUUAGAAAAGUCAAAGUUCUUCUUAGAUAAAGUAGAUUACUGCGGAUACGAAAUUGACAGGAUAGACAUCCAUAAAGAAAAGAAAAAAAUCGAGGCAAUACAUAAAAUGCCGCGACCAAAAAAUAUAUCGGAAGUUAGAGCUUUUACGGGCAUGAUUAACUACUACGGGAGAUUUAUACAGAAUUUAAGCUCUAUUCUACGGCCCUUAAAUAAGCUACUGCAAAAAGAAGGGGUACCGUUCAUAUGGUCUAACGAAUGCGAAACAGCUUUUAACAAAGCCAAAGUAGCUUUUACAAGUAAUCAAGUGUUAGUUCAUUUCGACCCAAAUUUACCAUUAGUCUUAGCGACAGAUGUGAGUUCGUACGGAGUUGGAGCGGUGCUGUCGCACCGAUAUCCUGACGGAUCUGAAAAAGUUAUUCAAUUUGCGUCUCAAACAUUUUCAAAAGUACAAGCAAAAUAUUCUCAAAUUGACAAGGAGGCAUUCGCAAUAGUUUUCGGUGUUAAAAGGUUUGUUCAAUUUUUGUACGGUACAAAAUUUACAUUAAUUACAGAUCACAGACCACUAGUACAGAUUUUCUCACCCUAUCAAAGUUUGCCUAUCUAUUCAGCUAUGCGCAUGCAGCAUUAUGCAAUCUUUUUACAAGAAUUUAAUUACGAAAUUGAAUAUCGGAAAUCCGAAAAACAUGCAAAUGCGGACUGUUUGUCCAGACUUCCCGUUGACGCACCCCAAAUGAUAGCGGAUGUAGUGGACGCGUAUCAAGUGGAAGUAAUCGAAACCUUACCUGUAACUGCGAACAGAAUAGCAGCAGAAACGCGAAAAGAUAAAGAUGUCAGUGAUUUACUGCAAGCGUUACAGACAGGGAAGCAAAUACACAAAUCGAAACGUUUCGGUAUUGAGCAAAACGAGUUCAGCUUACAAAAUAAUGUUAUUAUGCGUCCAUGCGCUUAUAUUCCAAAAAUACUUCGAUUUGAAGUGCUAAAAGAAUUGCAUUCGGGACACUUCGGAGUUGUAAAAAUGAAAAGUUUAGCUCGUAGUCAUUGUUGGUGGCCAACAAUUGAUAAAGAUCUAGAACAACUAGCGCGAAAUUGCGUAAAUUGUAAUGAGCAUAGGAACAACCCUCCAAAGGUUGAAGUACAUGUAUGGGAGGCGCCAUCAGCACCAAUGCAACGAAUACAUAUUGAUUUUGCAGGGCCAUUUUUAGGGAAAAUGUUUUUGCUAAUGAUAGACGCUUUUUCGAAAUGGCCCGAAGUGCAUAUCGUUAAAGAUAUAACUGCAAAAACUACAAUUAUGAAAUUACGAGAGAUUUUUGCUGCGUAUGGUUUACCACAAGUAGUAGUAACCGAUAACGGCAAGGAUACUCCUAUAAGUUGUACCGAGAAUGAUCAUUAUUAUUGGGGUUUUCAAGAAUCCCCAGAACCAAUCAUUCAAAACAAUUCGAAGUCUAAAAAUUUAGAGCAGACACUGGCGGUGCCUCAAGGUUCCGCACCAGAAUUCCCACAGACCGAUGAGCACGUUGCAGAAGCGAAACCAUUUGUCGAAACGCUGCGACGUUCCGCUAGAACUAGAAAGUGUCCGGACUUCUUCUCUGAAUGUGCGGUGAAGUAG